AUGAUUGUUUCAGAUCUGGUGCUUAAACAUUAUGGUCCUAACUUUCUCUUACAACUGGCUUGUGAUGGGACACCUGUAGGAAUCGGAGCGGUACUGUCCCAUGUCAUGGCAGACGGCACAGCGCAACCGAUAGCGUUUGCAUCGAGGUCCCUGUCGAAGGCAGAGCACAACUACGCCCAGAUAGAUAAAGAAGCGCUGGCUACAGUGUGGGAAGUCAAGAAAUUUUACAAUUACUCUUUCGGCGGGAACUUUACCUUACUGACUGAUCAUGAGCCUCUCACUUCAAUCUUUCAUCCCAGUAAAACCCUUCCUGCUGUCACUUCUGCUAGAUUACAACGCUACGCAUUAUUAUUGGCUGAUUUUGAAUAUUCAAUUACAUGCAAGAACACUAAGUUACACAGGAAUGCGGAUGGUCUGUCUCGGUUGUCCUUGCAUAGUGAGACAACAGAAGAAGAGCUAGAUCCAGUGGGCCUCUUCUCUGCCACGCAGAUUGAGCACUUGCCAGUCAGCAGGUCAAACGAGAUACACAGAGCGAUCUUCUAUUGGUGAAAGCCCAUGACUUGGUUAUGAAAGGAUGGUCCACUCCACAAGAUGAAGAGAUUAAACCGUUUUACCAGAGGAAAGACGAACUGACAGUUCACUGUGGUGUCCUAAUGCUUGGAUACAGGGCAGUCACUCCUGCAAAGUUGCGUAAUCAAGUGUUAACCGAGUUUCACGAAGGUGACAUGAAGUCUCUGGCGCGAAGUUAUAUCUGGCGGCCCAAAAUUGAUAAGGACAUUGGGAACCCAACCAACCGCACCUUGGCAGAGGAUCCAUUUGGAUUUUGCUGGACAGUUCCUAGGACGAAUGUUCCUUAUCAUUAG